AUGGACGCCCUGACUGUCCUCAUCACAGGUGCCAGCGGCGGCAUCGGCAGAGCCACCGCCCUCCGACUCGCCCAACCCCUCGUCCCGCCCUAUAAAGUAAAGACACUCAUCCUGCACUACAACUCGGACAGCAGUCGCACACGAUCCCUCACCGAGCAGAUCCACGCCCUGGACCCCACCAUCCGCGUCGUCUGGCUCCAGGCCGACCUCGCCUCCACAGAAGCCGCCCACACUCUAUACCACCAGGCCGCUGAGGCCGCCGCCGGCACAGACAGCAGCAGCAGCAGCAGCAGCAGUAGUAACAGCUCCAGCCCGAUCAACGUGCUCUUCGCCAACGCAGGAACGCACCUGGGGCUCGCGGGGCCCGAGGCAGGCUCGCUGGAGGCGGUGGACGGCGCGGCGUUUGAGCAGACGUGGCGGGUCAACACGCUGGCGACGUACGAGCUGACGCGGCUGGCGGCGCCGGGGAUGGCGGCGGGCGGGUUCGGGCGGGUCAUCUAUACGUCGAGCGUGGCGGCGCUGACGGGGGGCGUCGUGGGCCCGCACUAUGCGAGCUCCAAGGCCGCGCUGCACGGGAUGAUGCACUCCCUGGCCGGGUCUUAUGCCGGGCGCGGGGUGACGUUUAAUGCGGUGGCGCCGGCGCUGGUGGCGGGGACGGCGAUGCUGCCGGGCGGGGAGGAGGAGCUGCGGAAAAAAAUCCCUGUGGGCCGGCUUGGGAAGGCCGAGGAGGUGGCUGAGGUGGUUGUGGUUAUGAUUACGAAUGGGUAUGUGAGUAAUAAGGUUUGGGCUGUGGAUGGGGGGAUGGUGCCUCGGUGA